AUGGGCAAACAUAUGGCCGCGAUUAGUCAGGCGUUUGCCGAUUUGUUGCAGGAUACCGAAACCGGGGAUGCCCGGGUGCUGAAAAAGGCCAAACGGGCAGAGAAAAAAGCAAUGAAGAAAUAUAUAAAAGCAAUGGAGGGGGAACAGCCAACUGGAGAAGUCAAUGAGGACGACGAGGUGGCAGAGGAGGAGGAAGUGGAGAUUGAAAAGAGCAAAGAGAAACGACCCAGUUCCAGUAAAAAGAAACACAAGAAAAACAAAAAAACAGUCGAACAGGCCGUAGAUGAUGAAUUAAUUGUCAAUCUCAAAGCGAAUUUGGCCACCGAACUCAGCACAGCCGCGAAAGAGGAACAGGAGGCGAUUAUGGAACGAAUGAAAAGUCACGGGACUAAAAUCGAUGGGGAGCGAAAGCGACAAAAAGAUCUACUGAACGAGCGACUA